CCGGGAGCCCCCUAAAUCGGUGCACAAUAGUCGGGCCGGAGGGGGUGAGGGCUGAGCACCAUGUUGCACUGCGCGGGACCCCACACCGGUAAACUUGUGAAACAGGUGGCCGCCUGCUGCCUGCUGCUGCCCCGCUUCCUGCUCACGGCGCUGAUGCUGUGGCUGCUGGAUUUCCAGUGUAUCAGGAGGAGGGUCCUGCUGACCGCCAGGGAGGAGAGCACCGCCGAGCACGAAGACCCCCCGCUGUGCGUGUCCGACUCCAACCGAAUGUGCACCGUGGAGUCGCUGCGAGCCGUGUGGCACGGGCAGAAGCUGGACUACUUCAAGUCGGCGCACCUGGGCUGCUCGGCGCCCAACACGGAGGUGGUGAUGCUGGAAGGGCGCAGGCUGUGCAAGAUCCUGGACUUCUCCCAGGGCAAGAGACCGCUGGUUGUCAAUUUCGGCAGCUGCACCUGACCCCCGUUCAUGGCUCGCCUGCAAGCCUAUCGCCGCCUGGCAGCCCAGCACGUUGGCAUCGCGGAUUUCCUGCUGGUGUACAUAGAAGAAGCGCACCCGUCAGACGGCUGGCUCAGCACCGACGCCUCCUACCAAAUCCCCCAGCACCAGUGCCUGCAGGACCGCCUGGCCGCGGCUCAGCUCAUGCUCCAAGGGGCGCCCGGCUGCCGGGUGGUGGUGGACACCAUGGACAACUCCUCCAACGCCGCCUACGGUGCCUACUUUGAGAGACUUUACAUCGUCCUGGAGGGCAAAGUGGUGUACCAGGGGGGUCGGGGGCCGGAGGGCUACAAGAUCUCUGAACUGAGGAUGUGGCUGGAGCAGUACCAGCAGGGCUUGAUGGGGACCAAGGGCAGCGGCCAAGUGGUCAUUCAAGUGUAAUUGUCAUCAGCAGCAGCAGCAGCACCGAGGCAACGGGACACAAUAACCACCACCAGCAGCAGCAGCAGCAGUAUUAUUACUAUUGUUAUUAUUAUUGUCAUUAUUAUAGAGGCAGGUGGAACCUGUUAGGUGAAGUGACUGAAAGUGCACAAAAAGUGCGACCAAACGACUCCUUUCUAUAAAUCCCAGUGCGACAAAUAGUAGUAAACUGCAACAAGGCAAAGGCAUCCCAUCUGCGCACCUCGGGCUCAAUCGCAACUUCCAACACGUUCAGUCCCCCCGACUCAUCAGGGAGUUGCCAUUGAACAAAUGCCGGAGGGUCGCGGCUCAGAUGUCAUUGCGAGAAUAAUAAGCUACAGUGGCUGUCUGUCUGUCCCCAGCUGUGUGUGCGACUAAGCCGCUGUGUGAAGUGGGGCGGGAGUACAAGGUGCGUGUGACUGGAGCCACCCACUCCGACUCUGCAGGUGUUUGCAAAUGACGACCGAUUUUGAAAUGGUCUCACGGCCAAAAACUCGUGUCCGACAUCAACCCCCUUCCUCAAACUACCUGCAGGCUCCGGUGUCGGGCUCCUCCAGUCCAGUAGAUUUAUUUAUGUGAUUUUUGUAAGCAGACUUUUAUAUAAAGGAUUUUUUACGAUUAAAAACAUGACCACAUAAAGGCGACUGUCUGUGUGUUGCACUGAUUGCCCUGAU